AUGCCACCAGAAGAAAUUUCAACAGAUUCUGCUACACCACUUAUAAAUCUUAGUUCAAGUAAUGUAGACGUAGAAAAUGAAAUUAUAGAUGGCUCUUCAGAUCACGAUGUUUAUAAUUUUAUAGAAAAUGGUGACAAACUGAUUGAAGCUGAAGUAGAUACUGGCGAUGUACAAAGUGGAUUUUCAUGGUCAAAGUUAUGGAAAUAUACUGGUCCCGAGGCUGAUUUACAAACAGGUGCUGUUGCAGGUUAUUCCUUGCUCUGGCUUCUAUUGUAUGCACAUUUAGCCGGUCUAUUAAUACAGUGUUUAUCAGCUAGAGUUGGUGUGGUAACGGGAAAGCAUUUAGCUCAAUUAAUAAGACAAUAUUAUUCACGUCCUGUAUCAAUAUUACUUUGGGUAAUAACUGAGAUAGCUAUUGUCGGUUCUGAUAUACAAGAGAUAGUUGGUUCUGUUCCUUACUCGACAAAUAAUUGUGACAAUGGAGGUCGUAAAGAUCUUAGUCAGGAUUGGGGUUCUACAAGUCUUCCAAAAUUUGAAAAAAAUUUUUAUAAAGAACAUCCUAAUGUUAUAGCUAGAUCUGAAGCCGAAGUGGAAGAGUUUCGUAGAAAACACGAGAUGAAAGUUUUUGGUCAGGAUAUACCAAAACCUGUUGAAACUUUCGAGGAAGCAAAAUUUCCCGAUUAUGUGUUAAGAGAAGUAUUAAGCCUUGGUUUCCAAGAACCAACACCAAUUCAAUCUCAGGGGUGGCCAAUGGCUCUCUCUGGACGUGAUUUAGUUGGCAUUGCUGAAACUGGGUCAGGUAAAACUUUGGCUUAUUGUCUACCGGCAAUUGUUCAUAUCAAUGCACAACCGUAUCUUGAACCCGGUGAUGGGCCCAUAGUAUUGAUACUGGCUCCUACACGUGAACUGGCACUUCAGAUUCAGCAAGAAUGUAAAAAAUUUGGUAAUUCAACGAACAUUAAAAACACUUGUGUCUAUGGUGGCGUCCCAAAAGGUCCUCAAACACGUGAGUUGUCUAAUGGUGUAGAAAUUUGUAUAGCAACCCCUGGUCGUCUGAUAGAUAUGCUUGAAACAAAAAAAACCAAUCUUAAACGUGUCACCUAUUUGGUACUUGAUGAGGCUGAUCGUAUGUUGGAUAUGGGGUUUGAACCUCAAAUUCGUAAAAUUGUUGACCAAAUCAGGCCUGAUCGUCAAACUCUUAUGUGGAGCGCAACAUGGCCCAAAGAAGUUAAAAAGCUUGCUGAUGAUUAUUUAAAAGAUUUCAUACAAGUUAAUAUAGGCUCCAUGGACUUGUCGGCUGGUCGUAACAUUACACAAACUAUCGAACACCUUGAACAUAUUAUGAAUCAAAGUGAAAAUAAAACAUUAAUUUUCACUGCCACCAAACGUACAGCAGAUGACGUUACUAAAUAUUUACGUCAGGAUGGUUGGUCAGCUCUUGCAAUUCAUGGUGAUAAAGCCCAAAGUGAACGUGAUUGGGUGUUGGGUGAAUUUCGUAGUGGAAAAUCUCCUGUGAUGGUUGCUACUGAUGUUGCUUCUAGAGGAAUUGAUGUUAAAGAUAUCAAGCUUGUAAUUAAUUAUGAUUUUCCUACCAAUGUCGAGGAUUAUGUCCAUCGAAUUGGUAGAACAGGUAGAGGUGGAGCGAAAGGAUUAGCGGUUUCAUUUUUCACUACUGAUAAUGCUAGACAAGCUAAAUAUUUGGUAAAUGUUUUAAGAGAAGCUAAUCAGGAAGUUGAUUCGAAAUUAUUAGAUUUGGUUAAAUCUGCUAGUGGUAAUGCUAAUAAUGGUCGUCAAAGAUACUCUAAUAAUCAUAAUGUUGGUGUACAUCAAAAUAUUACCGAUACCAUUACAAAUAUAGAUAGCGAUAAUAAAAAACAAAAAAAAAUUGAUAGUAAAUAUCAUCGUAUUGCGCUUGGCGAUAUCACACCAAAUAAUUUAGGUCAGCUUAAACGUUUAAAUAGUGUAUUAUUUCCAGUAAAUUAUAGUGAAAAAUUUUAUAAAGAUGUAUUAGAAGUUGGUGAAUUUGCCAAAUUUGCAUAUUUUAAUGAUGCUUGUGUUGGAGCUGUAUGUUGUCGUAAAGAACCAAUUGAUGGUGGUGGUGGUACCGCAACAUCAUCACUUGAUCAAUCAAAACUUUAUAUUAUGACAUUAGGAGUUUUGGCUCCAUAUCACCUUUACUGA